AUGCCUGAGCCUGCCCAGCGUGUCAGGGCCGACCCUUCGCUCCCUCCCAGAGAUGGCUCUUGCAGGAUCACGCAACUCCCUGACGAAGUCGCACUCAACGUCCUCAACAACGUUACGCACAAAGCAGAUUUGCUGAAUGUCAUGGUCACCUGCAAGCACCUCAAAGAUCCGGCAGAGACUCUCUUGUGGAAAGUUUGCAACACUAAGGGAUACGAGAAGCUCCUCAGUACCAAUCCUGCCGAGCAGAGUCAUCACAAAACAAAAGUGCACACUUUACUGCUUGACUUCAAAGACAACGGCCUUCAACCAGAAGACCUGGAGCUUUACUUGCCUUGUCUUCGAGGCCUGGCUAUCUCUCACUCGUCCCAGAACACCUUGAAUGUGCAGGUCAAUGUCAGCAAGCUUGUCACGCCGUACCUCAAACGCCUGAAAAUUGUCCAGAGCAGCACUGACAACUUCCUCCCUGCUCUGCGUCAAGCCAAGAGCCUUGAGAUCUUCUCUCUGGAACCCUGCGUCAAAGUUGAUGGAGCCGACCCGUUGUACUUCUUGCAUUUGGUUCGCACCAUGCCUCAUCUAACCACGCUUCACGCUGGUGUCUUUUCCUCGAGUGACUUACUUGAUGAGAUGGCUGGCCGCGGACUUAUCGCAUUGCAUCUAGCGCGUGCUCCAAUCAGUCUCUCCCAGAUACCCAGAACUCUGCAGAUGCCCCAGCCAUUUUCGCGCCUUGAAGAUCUUGCCACAAGAAUGCAAGCGAGUGCAGCAGUUUUGCUGCUUGAAAAACUGCCUCAAAUCAAAAAGCUGGAGCUGUUGGUCACUGCAGAGCUCUCCGUCGGCGAGACUCAUGUUUCCGCAGUCAUUGCAGUCAUCCAAGCAGUGGCCGCAAAGACUGAGCUCUCAGUUCUAUGGCUGGACUUCGGUACCAUCAACAUCACUAUCGACAUCAAGGAGCUCGCACCCUUGAAGAAUCUGAUCCAUCUUGAAUAUUUUGCCUUCACUCACCGCUUCAUCGUACAACACCGCGCUACUGAUGACCUGCAACCUUUUUCUUCUUUGUGCCCUUUACGCAUUUUGUUUCUCCGGUCUCAGAACAUGACUAUUGGCAACUACUUCGACCGUAUCGCCAGAAACCACCCAAACCUUCAACGAUUGAUCUACAGCAGACAACUCAAUCUUAAUCAGAUGUCCGCACAGUUCCCAUCUCUUGAAAAGUUGGGGGUCAGUGCAACAGAUAUGCCCCUGACAGAAUCAACCGCGGAUACCACUAUUCAGACUUUGGCUACCAGACUUGUCGCGAUCGCCCCCAAGAUCAAGCAAUUCUACGUCAGUCGCUUUGUCGCACCUACUACUGAGAUUCAAUUUGAGCAUCGCCUGAACUCGUUCGUUUGCACUUGCCGUCAUCCUUGGAACGACAACGUGACUUUCAGCGUCUGA